AUGAAGGCGAUCCUUAUCGAGAAGUUCGGAGGCCCAGACUCCCUGGUGAUCAAGGAGAUCCCCCGACCCGAACCCAAGACCGGCGAAGUCGUCAUCAAAGUCAAAGCCUUUGGCGUCAAUCACGCGGAGAUGCACAUGCGCAAAGGGGAAUGGGCCGAGUGGAUGCCCGUGAGCGGGAUCGAAUGUGUUGGCACAGUCGUGGACUGUCCCGGGGGCGAGUUCGCAGAAGGGACCGCCGUGGCCAGUCUGAUGGGCGGACUUGGGCGCACCAUCAACGGCAGCUAUGCUGAGUACACCCGCGUGCGGGCUUCCAACGUUGUCGAGCUCGGCUCAGGGGCAUCGACGCUGGGGUGGCAUCAGCUGGCUGCAAUCCCGGAAUCCUACGCCACAGCCUGGACGUGUCUGUUCCGGAAUCUCGAUCUGAGGAGCGGGCAGACGUUGCUGAUCCGCGGCGCGACCUCGGCUUUCGGACAGGCAGCAUUGAAUCUGGCCGUGGAAACGGGUGCACGUGUGGUCGCGACGAGUCGCAGGGAGAGUCGCUUUGCGCGCUUGAAGGCGCUGGGCGCCGAGCGUGCAGUGGUCGAAGGACCCGAUCUGUCGGAGCGGUUGGCGGAGAGAUUCGACGCUGUCUUGGACCUGGUGGGUAACAGCACCAUUGUGGACUCGCUGAAAAUGGUGCGACGGGACGGAAGGGUGUGUCUGGCUGGGUUUCUGGGGGGUCUAGCUCCGAUUCAGGACUUCAACCCGCUCCUGCAGAUGGCCAGCGGUGUACAUUUCAGCUUCUUUGGAAGCUUCGUCUUCGGUACCCCGGAGUUUCCCCUAUCUGAUGUCCCCCUCCAGUCCAUCGUGAAGAUGGUUGCCGAUCGAAAAUUCACAGCAGAGCCGUCGCGUGUGUUCCAAUUCAACGAGAUCAGGGAGGCACAUCGAAUGAUGGAAGCCAACGAAGCUAAUGGAAAAAUGGUCGUGAUUGUUGACAACUGA